GUAAAAUCGUCAGUGUCAGUGUCGGUCCCCGAAGUUAAAUUCGAAUUUCCAUAUUCCCAUCAAUAAUGUAAACAAUGACAUAGAUUGCUUAUUGAUUUUCUCUCUCAUUUGAUAAAUUCUAACUAUUAUUUUGAAAUAAAACGUAAUAUAAUGGAUGAAUCAAAAAUUGAAACCCUUUUUGAUUUAAAUAAUGCUUUAAUUUCUAAUCAUUAUUUCUUAGUGGGAGGAGCGUUCCUCAUUUAUUUGGUAUAUCGAAUUUUUCAUUCCUUAAUUUCUGAAAACAAUUAUAUGCGAACAAGGUAUAGAACUCGAGGUCAUACAUGGAGAAGCAUCCAAUGUAAUAAAUCAGUACCCUACAAUAUAUACUGCACAAAUUGUUGUAAACUGAUGCUACCAGUUGUGGGACUAUUUUGUGAAUGUUGCGCUGUUAGUGCAUGCAAAAAGUGUCACAGAUCUAUAGAUAAAAAAUUAAGAUGUAAAUCAGUGGUAUGGCCCUCAGAUAAACCAUUUUUUCAUCACUGGGUUCAUGUCGGAACAAGCCAUUCAGAUAGUGAGGACCAACAUGAAGAAGGUUUAAAUAAAUAUUUCUGUACAUGGUGUCAAAGAACAAAAUUGUGUGCACAUACAAAUGCUCUUGAGAAUGAGCAAUGUGAUUUUCAAAAGUACAGGAACAUUAUAAUUCCACCUGCAUGUGUACAAUUAGAAAGAGGAGUUGUUUCUAACAUUAAACAUCCAGGUGACAAUGAUUGGGAGCCAUUAAUUAUAGUAGCUAAUCCCAAGUCUGGAAGCAAUAGAAGUGAUGAAGUACUGUCUCUGUUCAGGGGCCUGCUGAAUCCUAUUCAAGUGGUGGAUAUUAGUUCAACUUCUCCCGAGAAUGUGGUGCGAUGGUUGCCACCGAGAUGUCGUAUACUCGUCGCGGGCGGAGACGGCACCGUCGCUUGGGUUAUGAACUCAUUGUCCUCUUUUCCACAUGUCAAGGCUGCUGUUGCGAUUUUGCCCAUGGGCACUGGAAACGAUUUGUCUCGUGUGUUGGGUUGGGGCGCUGGAGGCCAUACCUCUUUGGAUGCACACAACAUCAUUCAAUCUGUAAGACAAGCAAAUCACCAGCCAUUAGACAGAUGGAAAGUAACAAUAAUGCCGAAGCGCAGUAGGCUGGCUCGGUACCGUCAGCCCCGCGUGUUGUACGCGUACAACUACGCCAGUAUCGGAGUCGACGCACAAGUCGCUUUGGAUUUUCACCAUGCACGCUCGCAGUUCCUCUACAGAUACGCUAGUCGAACACUUAAUUAUAUGGCAUACGCGUUCUUGGGAGUGGGGCGUGCUCUAGAUGACGGUGGGUGUGGAGGCCUAGAGCGGCGUCUGUGUGUGUGGGUGGGCGGGGCGCGGGACCCGCUCACACUGCCGCCGCUGCAGGCAUUGGUCGCGCUCAAUAUCCCGUCCUGGGGAGCCGGCGUUGAUCUUUGGAGUAUGGGAAGUGAAGAAGACGUGGGAGAACAAAGCAUCCACGAUGGAAAACUGGAGGUGGUAGGAAUUUCAUCAUCAUUCCAUAUUGCGAGAUUGCAGUGCGGUUUAGCAGAACCCUAUCGUUUUGCACAGGCUUCUAGUCUCAAGAUUGAGUUGGAAGGAUCAUGCGCCAUGCAAGUGGAUGGUGAGCCUUGGAUGCAGGGCCCUGCUACUAUUUUAAUUGAGCCAGCCGGCCAAAGCCUUAUGCUACGGGCGAGCGCGAAACAGCGACGUAGUGAAUGAUCUGCACACAAUUUAAUAAAGAAAACACCGGAAAAAUACCCAGUGUUUUGAACUAUGAACCUCAUUUGGCUUUAUAAUGACUUAAUUAAUUCUAGAUUUAAAUGUAAGGUGUUAGAUAAGUAAUAGUUUUUGAGUCGUUAUUAUUUAAAUUAAAAUAAAAGUCCCACCACUAAUUUAGUGCCAUUGUUUAAUGCACACUUUAUUUUAUGUCAAAAGGUAUAUAAAUGAUAAAUUUUAA